CGACUCCUCCUGGGCCUGGCGUAUUCCCACAGUCGUACAGUGCGGUAUCCCCGGCGUUGUAGCCGCCAUGAUCAUGUUCUUCCCAGAAUCCCCCCGUUGGCUCAUCUCCAAGGAGCGCCACGAAGAGGCCAUUGCCAUCAUGGCCAAAUACCACGGUGACGGUGAUGCGAACGCCCCCAUCGUCCAGUUGCAGAUCAGGGAAAUCACCGAUGACUUCGCCGCCACACAUAACGAGAAUCCCUGGUGGGAGUUCCGCGAGCUGGUCAACACCAAGGCUGCUCGCUACCGAUUGUACAUGGUGAUCAGCAUGGCCUUCUUUGGACAGUGGUCUGGCAACAAUGUCGUCUCCUACUUCAUGCCUGCUAUGGUCAAGCAAGCCGGUAUCACCGACCCUAACAAGCAGCUCUUGAUCAACGCAAUCAACCCCAUCUUCUCUAUGCUUGCCGCCAUGUACGGAGCCACUCUCCUCGACAAGUUGGGCCGGCGCAAGAUGCUUCUCGGCGGUCUCGCCGGAGGUCUCUUCUCCUACGUUCUUCUGACCGCCUUCACCGCGACCGCGAAGCCCAGCAACGACCUCGCCUACGGAACCAUCGUAUCCAUCUACCUCUUCGGCAUCUUCUUCGCCUGGGGCUGGACGCCUCUGCAAACCCUCUACGCCGUGGAGUGCCUCGAGAACCGCACCCGUGCCAAGGGAUCCGGUCUCAACUUCCUCUUCCUCAACAUUGCCAUGGUCGUCAACACCUACGGUAUCUCCGUCGGCAUGGAGAAGAUUGGCUGGAAGCUGUACCUCGUGUACAUUGGCUGGAUCGUUGUUGAGAUGGCCAUCAUCUUCUUCUUCUUUGUCGAGACUGCCGGCAAGACAUUGGAGGAGUUGAAGGAGAUCUUCGAGGCACCUAACCCCAAGAAGGCAUCCACCCAGCGUGUGAGGGUUGAGAUGACGGAGAGCGGAAAGGUCGUUAAUGUAGACCCGACAGUUUAGGUCCAAAUGGCGGUGGGAUUGGAUUGGGUUUUGAUUGAGAACAAGCGUCAGUGAAUCGUGUUAUUUCUGUUUGUUACAUACCGUGGAGCUUCCCAACAAUCGUUGGGAUGUUGUCGGGAGUAACAUUAGCGUGGUCAGCGGGUUGCAUGAGAUUCCCCAAUUCCCGAGAUAAUGCAUUCGCAUACCCCGGGAGACGCCAGAGCCAGAUAGGUUGGAUUCUUGGAAUUAU